GAUUCUGUCCGAUCUUUCUCUUCAUUGAAAUUGUCUUUUCUCUGCAGCCCAUCAACGUGGUGGCCUGGUCUCCGUGUGGACAGUUCGUGGCGGCCGGCAGCGUGGGAGGCUCACUGACGCUGUGGGACGUGAACAGCAAACUGUGUGUGGAAAGGCAGAAGCAUGAAAAAGGUUUCACAGUGUGCGGGUUGGCCUGGCAUCCGUCCGGCAGUCAGAUCGCCUACACGGACACAGAGGGCUGCCUGGGUCUGCUGGACGGACUCAGCGUCUCCACGUCCGACACCAAUGCACCAAAGCAGGCUCCAGCGAAAAAAACAGCAAAAGACUACGACGACCUGUUCGAUGACGACGAUGACGAUAGAGUCAUGGACGAAGGACUCAGCGACACCAACUCUCCGGUUAAGAAACGCGUCGUGGUGGACGGCGACGAAGACGACGACGAUUUCCUCAUUCCCUCGACUGGGCGCGUUCGGAACAGAGGGGCGAUUCUGGACGACGAGAACUCGCUGGACACAGGAUCCCUGAAGCUCGGUCUGGACAAAUUCGGGGACGAUGACGAUGACACGGGCAGCGCUGUAGUGCCUCCAUCGGUCCCCCUGGUGCCCCUGCGUCCCGUCUAUGAGGGUCCGAUGCCCUCUGCUCCUCAGAAGGCCUUUCAGUCAGGCUCCACCCCUGCACACCUCACACACCGCUUCAUGAUGUGGAACUCAGUGGGAAUAGUCCGAGGUUACAAUGACGAGCAGGAUAAUGCCAUCGACGUGGAGUUUCACGACACGGCUGUGCACCACGCCAUGCACCUCACCAACUCUCUGGGUCACACCAUGGCGGAUAUUUCCCAGGAGGCCGUGCUGCUGGCCUGCUCCAGCACAGACGAGCUCGCCAGUAAGCUGCAGUGCCUCCACUUCUCAUCGUGGGACACCAACAAGGAGUGGAUGGUGGACCUGCCGAAGGGCGAGGACGCCAGGGCGCUGUGUCUGGGUCAGGGCUGGGUGGCGGUCGCCACCAGCACGCUGAUGCUCAGACUCUUCUCCAUCGGAGGUGUUCAGAGAGAAAUCUUCAGUCUUCCAGGACCUGUGGUGUGCAUGGCCGCACACGGAGAGCAGCUGCUUAUCGUCUACCACCGGGCUACAGGUUUUGACGGGGAACAAGCUCUCGGUGUCCAGCUGCUGCAGUUCAGUCGAAGAAAGAGACAAAUCAUCAACGGCGAGCCGCUGCCUCUGUCUCUCAGAUCCCACCUCUCCUGGCUCAGCUUCACUGCUGAGGGCACGCCUUGCUACGUGGAUUCGGAGGGGGUGGUGCGAAUGCUUAACCGCUCCCUGGGAAACACAUGGACGCCAGUGUGUAACACCAGAGAGACGUGCAAGAGCAAGUCGGAUCACUACUGGGUGGUCGGAGUGCACGAGAACCCUCAACAGCUCAGGUGUAUUCCGUGUAAGGGCGCCAGGUACCCCCCCACCCUGCCCAGACCUGCUGUGGCCAUCCUGCCCUUCAAGAUGCCUCUGUGUCAGACCUCCACAGAGAAAGGACAAAUGGAGGAGCAGUUCUUGCGUUCAGUCCUCUUCCACAACCACUACAGCUUCCUGUCGUCCAGCGGCUACGAGAUAGACGAGGACGGACAGAGUCAGUCCCAGAAGGAGCAACAGGAGCUGCUCUUGAAGAUGUUUGCAUUGUCCUGUAAGCUGGAGAGAGAGUUUCGCUGUGUGGAGCUGGCGGAGCAGAUGACUCACAACGUGGUGACUCUGGCCAUUCGAUACGCGUCCCGAUCCCGGCGCAUGGCCCUCGCCCAGCGGCUCAGUGAGAUCGCCCUGGAGAAAGCGAACCAGAUCCAGGAAGAAGAGCCAGAAGAGCAGGAAGAGGAGCCAGAGUACAAAAGCAUCAGACGGCACUCUGGGUAUGACCAGAGCGAGGUCAAAGGAGGACGUCACAGCAACAGACAUAAUCAGGAGGAGGAAGAGGAGCAAGAACAAGAGGUCGGGGAGGAAGAGGACGGACAGGAGAUGGAGACGGAGGAGAUGACAGAAAGCAGAAAACGUUUGAAUCCAUUUGCCAAAGAAGCGGGUUCACCGGUGAUGCCGUCUCUGACACCAAUCGGUAAAGUAGGACGUGCAAAUCCCUUCAAGGUCUUUGGAUCAGGGAAACCUUCGGCCUCGUCCAGUCAGAAUCGAGUGACCAACAUCCUGGACAACAUGACGUCCAGCAGGAAGUCGGCUCUACCCGGUGGGUCUGCAGGGAAACCCAGCAAAAGUCCCGUCCUCAAACCUCUGGCCCCGAGACCCAAGUCAAAGACUCAGUCCACCCUGCUCCAGAUGACUGCCGCAAAAACAGCCACUAAGAAGACUCAGGAGAACACGGAGCCGGCGGCGGAUCAACAGAAACAAGCGGAGGUCCCGCCUACAGCCUCGCCAGCAGACAACACUGAAAACAAGAGACCCAAGACCGGGUUCCAGCUCUGGAUGGAGGAGAACAGGAAGAGCAUCGUAUUUGACCAGCCUGACAUGGAGGAGACUGAUGUCAUCAAAGAGGCCAUGGGACGCUUCAGGACGCUGUCAGCAGAAGAUCGACUG